GAUAAAUCAUUAAUCAUUAUAAGGUACAACAUGGAUAACCCUUUGGAAAUCACUUUGGGUGCUCGUAUGAGUGCGUAUCUUGUUAGUCCAGAAGAUUAUCGUAAACAAAGAAAGAGACUUAAUAAAAGGUUAAAUAAAUUACGUCAUGAAUUGAACCUUAUUACCAAAGAUACUAAGAAUUAUAAAUCUAAGGAAAAGAUUUCCAGUAUAACUCAACAAGAUUACCAAAAUAAUGAUAAAUAUGGAUUAUUAUUAUUAUUGACUGCUGAAAGAGAUAUUUUAUAUGCUUUGGAAAUUAAAACUCAAUUAGAAAUCACUAAUGAAAAAGUUUCCUCGUAUAAAAAUCUUAUGAUAAGUAAGAUAAAGAAAUCAUUAUUACAUUGUAAGAAAUUACUUGAAAUAACCGCUAAUGAAGAUAAUGAUAUUAAGGUGAUUGAAUUAUAUACCUAUACAAGUUUAAUUCAAGGAUUAUUAUCCCUUACUAAGAAACAAUGGCCAUUAGCCUUAAAUUCCUUUUCAAUUGCUAAAUGUUCAUUAGACUUUAUCUUAAGUAAGAAACAACAACAGGAAGAACAAGAAGAAAAUGAAGAACAAUAUGAAACAUUAAUUCGUGAAUUAAUAGAAUCUUUGGUAGAUCCUUCUUUAAAUUUAUCAAUUAAUCAAAGUGAUGAUAUUCAACCAACUUCUGAUUUAAAAACAAUUUCAAGAAUACACUGUCAUGAUGAUUUCUUACCAUAUUUAACUAAUGUUGUUAGAAAAAUUGAAGAUUUAGAUUCAUCAUUUGUUUCUCAAAUCUCAUCUUCAGUAGAAUUGGAAAAAACCAUUCAAUGGAGAGAUCAUGAAGCUACUAUAUAUAAUGAUGAAAUUGCUUUUAAGAUUAUGAAAUUAAAUAAUUCUGAUCAAUGGGAGAAUUUCGAUGAUAUCAAUGAAUUUGAUAGUUUAAUUACUGGUUGGAAUGAAGUUUUAGACUUACAUACUAAUGACCAAUCCAAAAAUCAAGAUGAUGAUGAUUUAGAGAAAGUACAAGAUCGUGCUAUCUUAUUAACAUUUAUAAAUUAUAAUUUGUUAUUCACUAGAUUAAAGCGAGACUUGGUUUUAAUAGAUCAAUUAACUUCUUCGACCAACAAUUCCAAUAAAGACACUUAUAGAUUAUAUACUGGUAUUGUAACUAUAUGUCAAAAUUUACAAGAAUUACCUGGUGUUUAUAAUGAUGAUGAUUUAUAUGAAUCAUUACAAAAUUUAGAAGCAUUCUUUGUUGGAAAAAAACAUAUAAUCUUAGCUGAAACAUAUCAACAAAUUAAUAAAUUUAAUGAAGCUUUAAAAAUUUAUGAUAAUUCAGAUAAGACCAUAUCGCAAAUCUUUGCCAAAGGUCAACCUUAUAAGAUUAAUGAAUUCCCAUACAAAGUUACUUCUAAUGAAGAGUUUUUGACUUUCAAGCAAGAAUUAAAUAAAAAAUUGUUACAAAGUCAUAUUUCUUCUCAAUUUUUACAUGAUUCACAAACCAGUACUGGACAACAAUAUGUUGUUGAGAAUGUGAACAAAUAUCCAUCAUCAUUAUCAGAUAUCUUUAACACUUCCAAGAUUCUUCCAGUAUUAAGUAAACCUGUAUUAUUUGAUGUUGGAUAUAAUUAUAUCUCUUAUCCAUCAAUUGGAAGUUCGGCUUCAUCAUCUUCACCUGCUGUUUCAGCAACUACUGAUUCUAGUGCAGCUGAUCAAGAAGCUUCCAAACGUGGUGGAUUCUUUGGGAUUUUUGGCCGUGGUUAAACCAGCACAAAUUAAAAGAUUUAAAUCUCUGUAAUAUCAUAUUUAGCAUUAAUACAUAUUAAUAAGUACUAAAUAAAUACUAGUAAGUGC